UUUUUUUUUUUUUUUUUAAUUCUUGCUUUCCUUUACAGUAUAUAAACUAUACGCAAUAGAAAAGAAAGGUUUCAAGACUUGGGCGUAGAAUCUCGCCACGAUGAGGCGCGUUGCCAGCUCCUUCGUUCUCGCCCUGGCCAUCGUCACAGACCACGCAUCGGCCGCUCUUCCUUCAGGAUCUACUCCAUCCGCUACACGACCCGCCCCUCAAGUCGAUCUGGGGUACGCCGUUUAUGAAGGCGUUUACAACGAAACCUACAAUUUGAACACCUGGAAAAGCAUCCGAUAUGCCGCUCCUCCAAUCGGCAAUCUACGAUGGCAGGCUCCUCAACCACCACUCAAUGCGACCACGCGAAAUCGCAUCGUUCCCGCGGUAGAUCAACCUCCAUGGUGUCCCCAGUCCGGCGCCUAUGGCGUGCCCUCAGUAUACGGCUUCAACUCCAACCUCGGUAAUGAAGAUUGCCUGUAUCUUAAUGUUUAUGCGCCGCCUGCAGCUGAGAAGUUGCCCGUCCUUGUCUGGAUCCAUGGCGGUGGCUAUUCGGUCUUCUCUGCCACUUACAACCCCAGCUCCAUGAUAGAUGACAACAGCAAUGGCUUCAUCACUGUUGAAAUUCAGUACCGCCUUGGCGCCUUUGGCCAACUCGCCUCUGCUGACGUCCGGCGACACGGGAAGCUCAAUGUUGGUUUAUUAGACCAACGCUUCGCACUUGAGUGGGUGCAGAAAUACAUUUCCAAGUUUGGUGGUGAUCCAACCCGUGUUACACUGGGCGGCGAAUCAUCUGGCGCAGGAUCCGUCAUGUAUCAGUCUCUGGCAUAUGGGGGCGAAGAUUUGGGACUUUUCACCAACAUCAUCUUGGCGAGCACAUAUGUCCCUCCCAUUUACCAAUUCAACGAUUCCGUUCCCACCAGUAAUUUCAACGACUUUGCUUCAGCCGCUGGAUGUGGGGAGACUUCCCUUACAAAAAAGCAUCAUUCAAGUGUAUUCGACUGCCUUGUUGCUGCCGACACAAAAGUCUUGCAAAAUGCCAGUGGCCUUGUGUCAACUACAAACGGCUACUUUGGAAGCUUCUCCUGGCUACCUGUCAUUGACCACGAUAUGAUCCGAUAUCGACCUUCAGAACAGCUUCAACUUGGCCGGAUCAGUGGCAAGCGCAUCUUGAUCGGAACCAAUGCAAACGAAGGUGUUCCACUUACAAACCCCAACGUCACCACCAAAUCAGAAUUCGACGCCUUUAUAUCUUCCACUCUCCCACAUCUCACCACCUCUGACAUUUUUACUCUAAAUCAGCUUUACGACACAGCCACCGCCCAGGCUGGCAACAACGGAACACGCUUCGACACGACGGGCGAUGGUGGUCCCACGGCAAACACCGUCUCUGGUAUGGCGACGGGCAUCCAGCAAACAGCCUUCAACGUUGCCGCUGAAUCCAUCUUCCAAUGCCCCUCGCAGUGGAUAGCCGAAGCUUUCAGCUCAGGACGACAGGCGUGGAAGUAUCAGUACUCACUCGACCCGGCAUACCACGGGGCAGAUCUCGGCGCCUACUUUGUCAGCACCAGUGGCCUGCCGAAUCCCGGCUUUCAGCGAAGUUUCCACAGGAUAUGGGGCAACUUCAUCAUCAACGACACCCCAGUCAUAUGCGUAAAGGAUGCAACUGGUGGAAUGGCGAACGCCACGGUUCCUAUCGACACCACCCAUCCGGACCAGAUAUCCUGGCCGCAGUACAGCGCGCAAGACGCAACAUUCAUGAACUUCAACACCACAGGCGGAGAGGUGUCUCUGGUCACAGUUACAGAGGAGCUGAGUUACUAUGUACGCACGGGAGCGGGCAUCGUCAACACUUUUCGCCUUGCUAAUGCUACGACUUGGGAAGGCGGGCGCGGCGAUAGAUGCAGAUUUUGGCAGUCUAUUGCACCUAGAGUGCCCAACUAAAGAUGCCUCUAACCCAAAACAAAAAAUUUAUCAAUCAUUCUAGAAUCUAGAUCCUCU